UAUAGAAAAGUAAACAAUGACGGAGAACGCAAAUAAUCCGUUUGACAUUAACGGACAACAUUUUGAUGCCACCUUGUAUCUGCAAAAGUUAUUAAAAGAAUGUACAUUGAAGCAAAUUAUGGACCACGAGGCUGAGAUCAUAAAAAACAGUCAGACUUUACACUCGGACAUGCAAACUCUGGUGUAUGAGAAUUAUAACAAAUUUAUAUCCGCGACUGAUACCAUUCGCAAGAUGAAAACGGAUUUCAAAGAGAUGGAGGAGAGCAUGGAUCUCUUGGCGAAGAAUAUGGACAGCAUCACUUCAUUUUCUGAACAAAUCUCGUCGACCUUGCAAGGAACGAGACAACAAAUCGCCAAACUGUCAUCAGUACACACCUUGUUAAAGAAGCUGCAAUUUCUCUUUAAACUGCCUGGUAAUCUCAAGGACCGAAUUAAUGAAGAAAAUUAUGCACAAGCGGUUCAAGAUUAUGUUCACGCGCAGAGAGUCUUGAAUCAGUACAGCACCAUGCCGUCCUUCCAAGGCAUUCAAAAAGAUUGCGAGGACAUUUUGGAGGAACUGAAAUCCAAGCUCAGACAGCAGCUUCAUAAGAAAGACGCGUCCACCAAGGCUCUGGCUGAAAAUGUCGAUCUGUUGUUGCAACUGAAAGAGCCGGCCGAUUCUUUAUGCGCCGAAUUCUUGGUUCACGCAGAAGCAAGACUGAUCGAACAGUUGGAAGUGUUGAAGGACAUGUGCGAAAACGACAUCAUCGAGUUCGUUGACACGUCCUCUUCGGGAUUUCUCAGCGAUCUGUGCCUGAUUGUGGCUUCCUACAAGGACAUGUUUAUAAACCGAUCGUUGGACGAUCACAAUCUGGUCGAUGACUUUGACACAAAAGCUAUGGGACAUUUGAACAAAUUUGUAGUGAGCAAUAUGAGAAAAUAUUUCGAUCUGGUGGGCAAAAGGGUGGAAGAUGUGGCCGACACCGCAAUUUUGGUUAGAGCCCUCGAUAGGUUUCAUCGCAGACUGCAGGCAAUAAACAUGCUCUGCCAGGAAACAGACUUCGCCAGAAUUGGAACGGACAUAGUCGUGAAUGCAGGCCGAAAACAAUGUCGCAAUCACUUGCACAGUCUGAAGCAACACUUGAGCGAGACUUUGGUAAAAGUGAGACAGACUUUGGCCACCAAAGUUACACAAGACGGGAGCGACGGGGGUUUGGCGGAGCUUCAAGCUAUGCUUAUUAUGCCCACGAUUGAGAAAGUUAAAGGAGUUCUGCAAGACUUAUUAGUGUUUUUACAACCGGAUUUGUCGUUUAGCUUGAAAACACAAUUUCUGCAAAGUUUCUGUGUGGACGAGGUGAGGGAGGGGCUGGUGAUCGGUUUUCUGCACCAUCUCACGGCUACGGUCGCCGGAUUCUGCAACGGAUCCGACGUGUCGAAGUUUCCUCCCACCCUUUUGCUUUUGCUCAGCAAAAUGUGCAUCGAGUACAAGGAGAACAACGUUCGCUACUUGCUCACGACGACCGACAAUCUCUUCAACAUCGAUCAGUACAACUCUUCGGAGAACAUUGUGACCCCCGCGUCGGAGAUAUGCGAUCACUUUCAGGAGGCCGCUCAGAACUUGCUGAAUCACUACGUGCGAAUUCAGGGCCUGGCGGUUUCUCAGAUGCUGAGGAAGUCCGUGGAAACCCGAGAUUGGCUGCACACGAUCGAACCGCGAACCGUGAGAGCCGUGAUGAAGAGAGUCGUCGAGGACAUAACCGCUAUAGACUCGCAAGUUGCCGCUUUGUACGACAGCAACGACGGUCAGGUGGACAGAAGUAGCGACAGUAGCAGAAAAACUCACAGCGUCAGCGUGUCGAGACACUACAGAUCGAACUGGUCGUCUUACACGCCCAGUCACAUCGAUUCUUCCCUCGUGACGAAUAUUCAGAAGUUAUUCUCCGAACAGAUCGAGAUCUUCUCAUCGGUGCAAUUCAACAAGGCGUCCAUUCUCACGGGAAUCAUCAAGAUAAGCUUGAAAACUUUUCUCGAAUGCGUGAGACUGCGAACGUUCAGCAAAUACGGUUUGCAACAAAUACAAGUGGACACUCAUUACUUACAACUGUAUCUGUGGAGAUUUGUCUCGGACGAAGACGUGAUGCACUUUUUGUUGAAUGAGAUUUUGGGAAGCGCGGUGCACAGAUGUCUCGAGCCCGUCUUGAUGGAGCACAGCGUGGUGGACAUUAUUUGCGAGAGAGGCUGAACCGAAGCGCGAUUUUGCGCGUUGUAGCAAAUGGUAAAUGUAAAAAAAAAAAAAAAAAAAA